AUGUCUGCUAUCACUUCUAUUAUUAUCAUUCGAGGAGAGUUAUCCAUGUCUAAUGAUAUCCCAUACAUCAAAUUUGAUGGGGCCUUAUUGCCAGGUGCUUGUACCUAUUGGAUUCGUUCUAGUAGGAACUAUGCAACUGUUCUUGAAUUAUUGGUAACAACAUCCUUACCAAAAUUGGAUGAACAUUUCAAAUGGGUUUUUGAUUAUUCUGAUCAACUUAAACCUUCAGAA